CAAACUGGCCUGUAAAAUUGUAGUUCUUUCCGUCAUAACAAGAAGAAACAAAUUAAUCUGAAAAUAAAAUGUCAGUUUGUGUUCACACUUUUAUAACUUUAUAGUAUGUAAAAAUUUAUAUAUUAACUAAUGCUUUGAUCAAUGACCAUGUUAAAAAAAUAAAAUUGUCUAGAUACUUAAUCGAAACCCAAAACAUUUUUUUAUUCGUCAGUGUCCACAAAAAUGCGGGACGAAAACGAAUCCGACGUACCGGAAUGUCUCAACCGCCGUUACCGGGUGAUCGACGAACUGAUCCAUGAGCUCAACGCCAUGUCGCCUGUGAGCACCCAGUCGGGUUCUUGCGCCACCUCCAAUCCCGGCGUCAGACUCAUGUGCAAGUUCUGGAACAUUCUCAAGGAGGAACCUAACUGCAAUUUGCCGGACGCAGUGCAUCGAUGCAUGUACUUGUCAGACGACAAAGUCAUCAUGAAACCACAGAACAUAUCCUGUUAUAUGGCUAACGAGGACCAAAGAAGCGGUGGAUCCAGACCUGCAGGUGAGGGUGGAGGGUGCUGCAGCGGAGCCAAUAGCAAUGCGCCCCCACUGAGCAAAGUGUUAGGCAACUUAAAAGAGGCCGCAUCAUUUGAUAGAGAUUGUAAUAGGAAACUAAGGGAUCUUUUGACCGUUGAAAAACAAUUGCGGUGUCAAAUAGCGCGUUUGGAGACCAGAGAGAAAGAAGGUAUAGCGCUGUUGAAGAAAGCAGAUGACAUGUGGUCUAGUAUGGAAAAUGCUUACAAGGAGAAGAUCGCUGAAUCUUUGGAGAGGCAAAGAGAUCUCGUUAAAGAAUUACACGAAAUAGAAACGAGCGCAGCUAAAUGGCGUAAAAACAAGAAAGAUUUAGAAAAGCAGUUGGAAGCAAUAAACAAAUGUCAGGUGGACAUGACAGAAAAAAUAAACCAAAAGACAAAUGACCUAAAAUCGAUAGAUGCUGAAAUAACAGGCUACAAGUCAAGGAUAGAAAAAACUAAGAAGGAAACCGAGUCCACAAGAAAACAGUUAUCUAAUAAGAAAAUAGCGUCUGAUGGCAGGUUAUCCAAAAUUUGUGAAGAAAUUACUAAGAUAGAAAAGGAAAUACAAGAAGAAACCAAACGAAAACAAGAGAAAGAGAAGGAAGGGAAUGGUUUUAUUAAAGGAGCUAGAGAGGAUUUGCAGAAAAUGUGCAAAAUGUUACUUCAGAAAAAAUUGGAACACGAAGACUUAAAAGCAGAGAAAGUGGCCCUUAUUCAAGAAAUCAAUAUGUUAAAAGAUACUUGUGACAAUUGCAAAGAUAGAUGCGCAAAGAAACAACAAUCCAUUUUUGAAGAAAUUAAGAAUGUUGACACUGAAAUCUAUGAUUUCAAACUGAAAUGUGUUAGAUGCAACGUGUGUAUAGACACCUCUGAUGUUAGAAAAUUCUGUAUUGAUUGUCCAAGAUGUGAGCAGCAAAGAGAAUGUUUGAUGGAAGGUGGCACUUGUUCCGCUGAUGCUAAAGAAGAAUGUGUAUGUAUGACUGUUAAACAACGAUUCUUAGACAAUGUAUUUGAGAAUAUGUACACGGUAUUGGAGAAGCAAAUUAGAACCGAUGCGGGUAAGGUAGUGGCUGAGGAGAUCGCAGAUUGUUUGAAGAAGAGCAGGAAUGGGAAGCUAAAUGAGCACACGAGAAGGAUCUUGCAAGACUUUAUAUUGACCACGGUCAAGAAGAAUUUGAACUUGACAAUAGUUGGCGGCGCCGUGAAGACAAGAUGUGAGUUGGACACUGCAAUGUACGAACAGUUGAUGUUGUGUCUGAAAAAAGUUAAAGCUACUCCUACUCCGAAAUCCGAUAAAGGCACAGACGUAAAAAAGGAUCCAUGCUUCCGCUGGGGAGGUCCGAGCGAGUGUAACUGUCCGAAAGGACCAAAAGCGUGUAUAUGUUCCAAGAAAGCUCCACCACCUGUGCAUGAUCCCACUCCUUGUCCACCACCAGAAAAGGAAGACGCUGGUGAAAUCGUGGUGUGUCCGCAUAAGCAGAACGUAGCUUGCGGUCCGGAUUGUGGUUCUCAUACGCCCAACAAGGUGGGCAAGGAUGUGGCCAAAUGGAGACCAGACCCUUGUGCGCCUGGGCAGUCCUGUCCUUUCGGGAAGAACAUGCGUGCGGCCCAGUGCGUUCUGGGACCAGAAUCUUUAAUCGAACCCAUUAAGUUCGGUGUACCAACACCACAAGCGCCGAGCUAUGUAUUGCAAGAUCAGAUUGAGUGCAAAUGCGGCAAGUCACCAAUGAAACCCUGUACUUGUUCAAAAGAUAAAAAACUAAUGAAAGCAGCAAUAGCCAAAAACUGUUUGAGAUGUGUUGUUGAACUGCCUCAAGCAGAAUCUAUUCAGUAUCUAUAUGAAAAAGAAAAACAUGAUAAUGAGAAAGGAACAGAUCCGAUAGUUGUUAUAAAAAGGUCAUUUGAAGACAAAUAUAUUGAAACUGACCAGAUUGAUUCAUUUUUUGUUAAUGAAUCAAAUGUGUCAGGUGCUGCAAAGCCGAUUGGUUACAUUAUUGAAUAUCCAAAUCCAGAUGCCAUCUCCAGUGAAAGUAUAGCAUAUAAAGUAAGUACGCCAGGUUAUAGUCCCAUGGCCUUAAAAGCAAUUAAAGAUAACAUGGAAAACUUCAAAAAAUCAGAUAGUGGCGUUGAGUCUGAUUUACGAGCUUCAGAAAAACGUAGUGCUGAUUUACGAUUAGCCGAGAAACAGUUUGCUGAAAUGAGUGAAAGCCGUCAAAACAAAAAACCCAAUUUACACACUAAGAUAGAACAACAAAAUGUUGAUGAGGACUAUGAAAAGUCCAUAGAUAAAGGCUAUGUUGAUAAACACUAUUUUGAUAGACACUAUUUUAACCGCAAACAUACAAAAUCUACCAGCUAUGCAUACGACAAAAUUAAGAAAGAAAAAAGUAGACAUCCAACAUGGAAUGAAGAAAUUGCACGAAUUGUGGAGGAAACCGUUUUCAAAGAUGAAAAAGCUAUUAAAAAAUUACGUGUUUGUAGGGAACCGUAUAUAUGUCAGUCAAUAGAUGCCUAUAAAAACGACUUAAAAUCAUUGUAUGAUCAAAAAAUGAAGAAUAUCGCCGUAAAAGUCGACGGCGAAAACGGAUUAUCAACUAAAAUAACUACUUCAAUAAUUAAAACAUCAUCUGGAAAUUUUGCCCUUGAUAUUAGUGCAAUAAAAGCUGUUUCAAAGUUCUCGAACAAGCUAGAAGAACAGCCAGUUUUACUAAAGAGGUCACCGUCAGGCACAUUUGCAGUUUAUGUGGGUCGCCUUUCAAAUGAGGACAAAGGGCCUAAUGCGGUUCUCAGGAGAACCAGAUCAGGAAGAUUUUUGUUAGUAGUUACAGAACCUAUAUUUAAAUCUAUUUCAACAACAAGAAGAUCCACUACUGAAUCAAUUCAUGACCUAUUUAAAGUAAGUGUAAGAGACAGCAAUGGUGCUAAAGAUAUUCCUGCAGUAUUAGAAGCAACACCGUCCUUUAAUUACAUUUUUAUUGUGGAUAAAGAAUUCCAAAGACAACAUGUCGACUAUCUUAACAGUUCUCUCGAAAAACAAAGUGCAUGUUAUAUAAAUUUACAAAAAACGCGUUCAAACAUUUUAUUAAGUUUUGACGCUAAUGAUCAAAAUGCAUUACUAGUUAAAACUAAUUCAGGGCGUAUUAAAAUUCUUGUAAAUGGCCCUGUCUAUGAAAACUUAUCAGAAAGUACAACACCAUUCAAUGUCAAACAAUAUGAAAACUUGGUAAACCAGCUCCCUAAUUAUAAAAACAAAGUUCGAAACGAUGGCCCUUUUUCUUCAUCCAACUGUUCUAAAGUUAGAUCUAAUAGUGAUUCAAAUUUAUUAAAUAAAAUUAAAGUAAGAGAUAGUAUUUUUUCUCAACCUUCAGCCAAACUGCAAAGAACUGCGUCUGGCCAAUAUACUGUAAUAUUAGAGAAAGAAUCAAUGAAAACAUUUAUAUUUGAUUUAAAAAAGUAUUUAUCAUUAAGCCCACAUGGUCUGAUACCUAUCAGGAAAACAGAUUCAGGAGAAAUUACUAUACAUUUAAAUGUUAAUGAAGAAGGAGCUCACUACGGCGUUUUAAAACUAACACCAUCUGGAAACAUUUAUGUAUUAAUUGAUGAAAAUGAUAUUAAAUAUAUACCAAAGGACACAAAGAAUAAAAUAACGUCAACAUCUUGUAAGUUGAAACAUGGUAAUAGUUGUGUUUGUGAACCACUGAAGUGUGCUUGUGAUAGUAUGCAAAAUUAUUUUUUGGAACGUCAAAAAGCGAUAGGUAUCAAGUUUAAUUCCUUUAGGUCCGUUACAUGCGGACAUCGAUUAAAAAUGCGAAAAAGAGAUAAAACUUGCGGUAAGGAGGAUUGUGACCCCAAGGAGUGUUUAGCGGGUUGUUGUUCAGAGCUCGAUGAGAAUGACCAACGCAAACCUUGCACGUGCUCCUCUGAACCAAAUUGUGACACAGGAGCAAUGGAACAUUGCUAUUACUUGACGCAGUCAGAGUACAAUAGAGAUAGAGCCACUGAGGGAAGAGAUACGACAGAAAAUGUAAUAUUGGAUAUAUCUGGAUUUUGUAAUCAAGUCUUACAGGAUUUAAAAGGUCAAGAUUCUUUACAUACAGUAACUUCCCGCGAUAGUAGCACAGAUGAAGGGUGGGACUCAAUGAAGUACCUACCACCACAACUACCAUCGUUUCUUCAAAAUUUAAGUUAUGGUUGAUAUUUUUACAUUUGCAGUGAUUCAGUUUUUGUAAAAUAUGGUUUUUGGUCAAUGGCAAAAAAUAUAAUAUGUGUAGUUAGA